UUGAGAAUGGCGAAGUCUACUUUGAUUAACUUUGUUUUAUGUCAUCAACAACAGAUUCAAAUUGUUGCUUUCAGCUAUCUCAAGGCUACCUCCUCAUUUGCAGAUGGACUGUGGUAACGGCUUCAAGAUAAAUUUGGAACAUUCUUCAGAAAAUCCUCUUGUUUGUUCAGUGUGCUCAGGUCGUGAAGUGUUUGGUAUAUUACCUGCUUGUCUGCAUGUAGUAUGUGUAACAUGUGCAGAAUAUAUGCGUAAGGAUGAUGUAUACCGUUGCAUUUUAUGCAAAGAAUCAAGCCAAAAGAUUAUCAGUAAUCCUAACAUUUGUAACUCCGAAAACACCAAUAAGUCACCCACAUGCAAUUGGUGCCAUGACAAUGGAGAACAGACGAAAUCAAUCGGACAUUGCGAAGAUUGUGACAUAUGGUUAUGUGGAGAAUGCCUAAAGGGUCAUAACAGAAUGCCUCCAUUACGUAACCAUAACAUUACACUGCUUUCAAAAAGCGAACAUCUAGGCUCACUACGAUGUGAAGCACACCCAAACGAAGCACUAGAAUGCUUCUGUGAGGCUUGUGGAGUAUUAACUUGUCGUGACUGUCAGCUAUCAGUUCACAGAGAUCAUGGAAGCCAUCGGUGGGUUGGAGAAAAAGCUGUUCAACUAAAGGCUCCUUUAGAAGAGGGCAUUCAAGACCUCAAAGAAUCAGGAAAAAAACUAUCUUCUGCCUUACUUUGUGCUACUAGCGCUCGUACUUGCAUGGAGGACAGCUUCAUAUUCAGUGUGGAAAAAGCUCGUCAAGAUAUCAAGUCACGGACGUCUUCCCUCAUUGAUUGCAUUCAAAAUCGUUCUGAAUGCCUCUUGAAUGAACUUGACAAAAAAGCAGAUACAUAUAUUGGUCGACUACAGGAGACGGAGAAUUUGAUACGUAAGCUCCAGGUAUGUGUAGCUAACUAGCUUACUCUAAUUUAACCGUUUUGCUUACCUGCGACACUACCUAUGUAGUCCACGAAAAUGUAAGUUUCUUAUUUCAUUCAAGAUACGCCCCUACAAAAAGAGAUAUGUCUAUCUCGCGUGGCCACCUAAUUACCUACUCACAUGUAGAUAGUGGCGGAAUCGCGGAAAGUUCAUUGUUUCAAUCCAUAUAAAGAGACCCAGUUAUGCUGACUAUCGAAUCUAUUAUUGACUAAAGGUCCAUAAGCCUUAUAAAUAGUAGUUACAGAGAUUUCGUAAAAAAAUCAGAAACGUUAUGAAGUUCUGUUUUGAUUUUCAUAAAUGUUUCUUCGUGGACUUUUUUAAUCAGAUUUAUAUAUCGCACAUAAAAUGUUAAAUAUGAAAAUAUAUGUGAUUAAUCUUUUUGUCACUAUAAAGGAACAGAUAAAUUUUGCGUCGGCAUUUUCCAGUCAUCUCAUUCAAAAUGUAGACAAUGAUCCUGCUAGCUUAGUGCAGUUGUAUGAAACUGUCAAACUUCGACUUGAUUUGCUUCAAAUACUGUCUGAACAAGUUUUGAGUGAUUCGCCGUCCGUAAUUGAUUCAUUGGAUCAAAAACUGAAAGAUCGAGUUAAAGAGUCCAGUUUAUGGUCUGAAAAUGUUAUUGGCUGGCAUACUAUGGUCAAUACACGAGCAUUGUUUCUUGGCACCUGGGAUGCUGAGGAAUUAUGUCGAUAUUCUGGAACAAUAGCAUGGUUACCCAAACAAGCUAAAAAUACCUUUUCUCUCAAGGACAAUAAUCAAACAUUUGGCAGUCAGGUAGUUGUAAAGACAGAAAAUGUAAGUUUCAGGAGAAUUUGAAUUUUUGUUUAUCAAUAAAUAAUAAUUGCUUAUGAUAAGUGUCCUUGAAUUUUUAGACAAAUAUAUUUGUUUCCCCUAAAGUGUAUAAACAUUAAAUUAACGUUUUUGAUAGUUUAAGUACUUGUUAAUUUAUAGAAGUAUUGUGUUUUGUGAAUAUCGUUGGUAAAUUUCCGGACAAAAGUUAAUGCUCCCCGUUUGUUGAGUUGUUCUUGAGCGAACUGGGGACUAAGUAAUCUUUUAAAAAAACGUCUAACUCCUUGUGAGCUUUGCCCUGGCUUUUGUAUGAGAUAAAGCGAAAUCGUUUUGUAAUGUGUAGAAUUCAGUAAUGGUUAUUAGUUCGGAGGAGAUAUAUGAAUGGGUUAUUUUCAUUUCGUUGAUUCGACACUUUUGUGAUUGAAAAUUUUGAAGUGGUCAGGUUACGCGUUAAUAUUUGAUUAAAAGUUAUUACGGGAAGGCAUUAAAUGUUUCUUCCUAUGCAUCCAGUUUACGUUGAUAUUUAAUGUAUGGAUUAGUGUUCAGUGUGAUUGUAACGUAUUAGUUGAACGAAUGACGAAAACAAACUUUUCAUAUUCUAAAGUAAAUAAUCUCUUAUUUUAUAGUGACGGAAAUGGUGUAUACUCAAAACAAAACAUUAAGUCGAUGUUACUCGUAAAUUAAAGUAAAGCUGACUCCAUCUGUUGCGACGAAUGUUUCUAGGCUGCAUUGGAAUUCUGGUUUGUUAGCGUCCUUAUGGCUAUCAUAGUUUGCCUAACGAGCCAAGCUGUAUGAUAAGUUUACAAAUGUGUUUGUACAGUUUGUAUUUUUAUAUUUUACAUUUAACUCAGAUGAAUUUACUCCCAAGUUAAAAUAUUUUGUUGUUCCAGGGAUUAUCGAAAAAUAAUGACUUUGCAAGUAAUCAACUGUCUGCUGAUACGAAUGAUUUUCUGGAUUCUCUAGCAGAAUUGGAUGGUGAUAAAUGGACAUGUGGAGAAGCUAAUGGUGAAUCUAAUUCUUCUCCAGUGGGAUGUGCUAUCUGUUUUGGAGUUGGACUACUCGCACAUUGUGGGCGUUGUAACCGGGCAUAUCACUUGGAUUGUCAUUUGCCUCGGAUAAACAGUAUUUCGUUAACACCUAGUUGGGUUUGUGGUCUAUGCGCCGACGAUGAGGUUGAUUUAGCUGUUCAUGUUGAGCAUGCAGUAAAUGGAAGGUUUUCUCGCAGUGAUUAUCUAGUAAGUGUGGCGCAUAUAUAUCUGGUGCCCCCUUGUACCAAUAUUUAUGUGCUCAAAUAAAUAAAUAGUAAGUCGGAGAUAUGCGGAAGAACUUUGUUUUCACCUUUCAUUAAAUCGAAGAAAAAGAUAUUCGUUCAACGAAUACUUCGCGAGAGCACAAUUGUUUUAACAAUAUUUCAUAUAAAUGCUCAAAUUCCUUUCAUUCCUUUUAAAUUUUAUUUAUGAUAUAUAACUUGCACAUAUUAUAUGCUCUAAUUAGAAUUUAAUAGUUCCAUAUAAUAAGCCAUAAAGGAAAAACACUUUCGUAACCUAGCUUUUCUCAAAAGGCCAGUUGUCACUAAUAAUGACUAGGCUAGACAGGGAAGCGAGACCAAUAGAGACUCUGGGCCGUCCGUACGUGUUUGCGUGUCACUGUAAUCGAUUGAUAAGUACGCUGCUCUCUAAUUUUUCCAGUCAAGGACACGACAAUUAGCACAGGGUAAAAAUCGAUCGCAAUUUAAAGCCAUAACAAUUGGCGACGGGGUGGAGAAAAAUUUUGAACCUUGUAAUUGGACGAGAUUCAGGCUAAUUGUUUCGACCAAUCAGAGUCCAGAUUUAUCACCAGCGUCCUUGAGCAACAUUUGUCAUUAUUCCUACAGUUAGUUUUCAUUGCUGGUACAGAAAAGAAAAAAAAGACUACGUUUUCCGGCCAAUUACAGCUUCUACUUGAGCAACAACAGCAGUGUUUCAAAAAUAGCCAGUUGAAUUUUUUAGAAAAUUUACACACACUGUUGGUAAAUUUUCCAUGUUUCGGAAAUGCAACAGAAGUUGGUAAGUUCAUUUCUCAUCUGCAGACUGAGCUGGAAAACAACUGCAGAACAUAUGGAGCUGUUUAUAAAAGCCUCUGUGAAUCCCGGACGACCAGUGAUGUAAACGAGAAAGUCAUUCAUGAUUCGCCCAGUUAUCCAGAAAUGUCAAAUUCGGAAACAUUCCCUGUCGUGGGUUCAAAUCCCACUGUUCCUGAAACGUGUACAGACAGUGAUGUACCCAGCUCACAGGAAGAUCUCUUAUUAAAUGCUCAUAAAUUAAUUACAGUACCCUCUCACAAGGAAAGAGGAAACAAAUCGUGCAGUAUACUGAGUCUAGCUGCUCCAAACGGUCCUCAUCAGUCAACAACAGGAGAUUCUGAUGAAUCUUAUUAUCUAGAUCCUCUUGUACCAGAAAAUGUGUUAAAUGCACCAAACGAUGAUCAGAAGUUUAAUACAAUUUUGGUAGAUGUUAAUUAUCCCAGUGAUCAACUAUCCACAAAUGAUAUUUUCAAGGAAUUCUAUGAUAAUGUUCCAGAAGAAUCGAACGUUGAUGACCUCAUAUCAAGCGACGUUGGUCCACACUACUUAAUCACUUUUAGUGACUUCUCUGUUCCAUGUGACAAUUAUGUGUUAAAUAAAGUCGAAUUAAUUCUAACUUGGGAAUAUGAGGACCCAACAUUAUUUCGUGGGGGAGGAUGAACCCAGAAAAUUUCAAAAUCCGGAUAUCAACUCCGGAUCUUCAAAAAAAGGGGAGGUGUUGUGGAUGCGGAGGAAUAGACCAAUAAUUAUCAUGUUAAGUCCAAUGGUGUCCUUGGACUUUAAAUGGACAUUUCCUAUUGGUCGACGUCUGUUCACUUGUUGAAUAUUGUACAAAAUGUUGUUUUCUAUUUUAUGGCACGAUGUGGUAUGCUUGAUUGGUAUAUAAACAAAGUAUGUUUGAAAUAUAAUGAUUCAUAUCUCCGAGGCUGUGGCUUGUGUUCUUGACUCAACUGGCUAGGACAGACAGCGAAGCAGGGCCAAUCAGGGCACUAGGUCGUCCACUACGUGUUUUACGUGUCCACUGUCACAGAAGCGAUCGAUAAAUAAACGCUACUUAUCAUAACCUGCAGUCACACACGUUACAACAGUUUUCAUCAGUGACGAGACAUCAUUUAUAGUAGUAAACAUAACAUAUAGGUUUCUCAGUCAUUUAACCAUAAAUAACGUAAAAACUGCUUCAGUUCAAGUUUUUACAACGUAUAAGCACAGUGAGAUAAAAUUACCAAUAUGAACAAAAUAGGAUAAAUAUUGGUAGUAUCGGUGGAAAGAAAGAUUAAUCUAAUACAAUGUGAUUCGAGAAGGAAUGAAUUCUUGAGAUAAAAUGCACAGAGUGAUUUCAAACUCAGGGUCUAACAGGAAAACAAAGAGUGAGUACGUCUGCACCACUAUGACCGAUUCUAGGCCAUAUCACCGAACUUUUCAAACCACCAGUUACGAUAACCUCACAGACCCCAACCGCAUAUUUUGAUCAGCCUAGCUUUCAGUGACUUCAUGUAAUAAUUUAACAUUUUGAUAUGGUCAUUCCUGGCUGCCUUCCAACAUAUUCCUGUACUAGUAAACAUCGAAAGUAAUUGUAAAAGGUAGUUGGGCAUAUAUAGUAUAUGUUCCAACCAUCUCAGUCAACGACAGUUCACAAUCUCAUUAACCGAUUUGCUAUUUUUAUUGUGAGUCUAACUUCAGUAUUGCUCACUCAGUGGUCCAAACAUACACAAGAAGUGCUUCGAAGUCAUCUGUGUUUAAGUACUGCUAAUAUCAACUUUUUUUAAGGACCAUGUUUCAUAGGCAAGUUCGUAUCACAAAUGUAACCUGAACCGUUUCGUUCACCAGUUACUAACAUUACAUUCGAAGGCUGAUGGAUCUGUACGAAGUUAUUAUCUUACAUUUGAUGAAUGAGUUUUUUGUUUACCCUGGCUUCAUACUUAAUAGUAGCUUACCAAAAAAACCAUUACAUAAAUCCGUCCCAAGAUGUUUACAGUUUAUCACUCAUUGAUAAGAGCUAAUGAUAAGACAUCUAUACAUUUAACAAUUUGAGUCGGCAGUUAGAAUCAGUUGAAUACCACUGCAAAUGUUUGUAAAUCAAGGCAAUUUUGUAUUGUUUUUAAUCGUAGUACUUUAUUUCUUAACUGUUCGUGUUUCUCAUUUGAAAAUCACUUUGAUUGUUGAUGUUGCUCAAUCAAUAUUUGGUCAGAUUAGUAUUUUUGGAAAUUAUCGUUUCACUUUAUAGGCAGGGUGUCGAAUUUUAAUGGGUUUGCUAGUUCACGAAGAAGCUGUUCAUUUUACUGCAUCGGUUUGUCCAGCAUGUUCGGUCCCCCUUCUAUCUACUAGUCAAUCCAUGCCUCAUUGUCCUGAAGGUCAUCUUUAUCAUCGUCUUGCAGAACUUCGGUUAUACUUAGAAGAAGCAGCUUCCACUCCAAAUGGUCGUUCAGAUACAUAUUCCAAUCCUUAUUCAGACAGUAAUCAAUGUCAUUUCACUUGCCUCAGUGAUUGGCUCAUAGAGGUAGAUAAAUUUUGGUCAGAUGCUGCUAAAGAAACUAAUGUAAGUACCAUUAUAAAAUAAUAGAAAACAUUGGUAAUAGUUUGACAGAAAUAAUGCUAAUUUUCAAUACGUAAGGGUUUUUGAAGAAUUCCAUUAGCAUUACGAAUUGUUGCAGGUUUUUCAAAAUUGUGUAAAUCUCUCCAAGGAAUGUCAAUGUUAUUGAAAUUGUUCGUAAUUUUAAGUCAUCACAUGACGUAUUAUUAUUGAAUUGAAGUGUUAGUAUAUGUGAACAAGGUAACUAAUGCUAAGGCUGUUAAAGUAACAGUUUUCAGAUGGACAAUCCCGUUUCCCGUCAAUUUCCUAACCCUGAUCGAUGAUUAAUAAAAAGGCAAAUUAGUACAGGGAAACUGAGAAAACUGUGCUUCUGAAUAGAUAGAGGUAAGUUUGAACACUUGCAUUUAUUCCACAUCUCUUAUAUCUUGAGAUAAGUGUCAUUCCAUGAUUUACAUUCUUCAGUCUCGUUAGUUCUUUCUGAUAUGUAAUUCUUAGAUUUAGCUUCCUAUUAGAGUGGAUGUUUCCUCACCUCCCAUAUUUCUUAUCUUAUUACUUUCCUCUCUCGGUUUACUUCUAUGAGGUGCCAUAAAUCAAACCAAUACACAUUCAUAUGAGACUAUACUUGAACUCUGCCUGACUAACUUAGAGGUUUCAUUCGUAAAUGAGGCCCAGUUAUUUUAUUUUAUUUGAACACAUAUAUAUUGGUACAGGAGUGCGCCAAAUAUAUAUGCGCCACACAAAACAAUGAGAAUUUUAGAAGAAAAAGAGAAAAAGUGGGGAACGUAAAAAAAAUAUUAAAAAAAACGAUAACGAAAAGAUUGGUGUAAGGUAGUGUAAUAAUAAUAGUAAUAGUAGGGGAACAGAAGGGUACAAUCAGAAGAAACCUUUCAGUUAAGCAAGAUACAACCACGUUUUAUAAAGAAAGUAAAAGAAGGUUACAGCAGGAUCGCCACUGGCUUCUAUUCUGAGCCAUAUCUGAUAACGUCUCUAGCCACUGUGUUGUACCAUCUCUCAGACCCCAACCAGGGAGUCGUGAAGGACCAACAGAAGGCAGUCCUUUGCAACUUUCUUUCAUACCACGACACCAUGUUAUAUACUGACCACCUCUCCGCUUUCUCCAACCAGUCCCAGAGUCGGCAUAUAAUGCACGACGUGGAAUUCUCUGGGACGACAUUCGUAGAACAUGUCCAAGCCACCGAAGUCGGUGUUUCAAGAUGGUGACACCAAUUGCAUUAUCAUCUCUGUGCCCGAACACACGAUGCCGAACCUCUGCCAGGUGAUUUGUAACGCUUCAAGAGUUGGAGUUCCUUGCGGACUUCCUCGUUUGGUGGAUCAGUCGUCCGGUAAUUACCAAAUGCAGCUGCUGCUUCCAGCUCAUUAGCACGCUCCGACCACCAGGUUUCUCGGUCCUUACGCAAGCUUUGCCCAAUUUCACUACGUAACAACCUUCGUUUGUGGUCAAACUCACGGUCUCCCGGAGUAGACCGACGGGCUUCAAUGAGUUGUAAGGAACCUGCAGAAACCCAGUGCUUAAAAGCGGGACGUUUCGCGAACCCACAAUUGACUGUACCCACCAUUUUCAUGGCGUCAUGCAAUUGCAACCAAUGCUCAUCUAUACUUUUCGGUGGAGUGGUAGCUAGCCUAGAGGCUAGCUCGGUUCGAUACUUACUUGCAACAGAAGUUGCAACCAGCUUGCUAAUAUCAAUCCGUUGAUGGCGGUCACUUCGUUGUCCACUGAAAAGUAAGGUAAGAUUGGCGCAGACCAAGGCAUGAUCAGAGUCCAGAUAGGUACUCCAAAAGGAGCGGCAGUCUUGUACACAACCACGCCAGCAGUAGCUGAUUGCGAUGUGGUCAAUUUGAGUUCAGGCUUGAGAUGCAGAGGGAGGACGCCAGGUGGCACAUCGGCGAUGACUGUGCCGAAAGUUAGUGCUAGCCAGAAACAGGUUUUGGUCUGUGCACAGUUGCAGUAGACGGUCCCCGUUAUCUGUCCUGCUACUAACAAGUCCCCAUCGGCCACCUAAACGACCCUCUUCUGUGCCUAGACGCCCGACCUGGGCAUUCAAGUCUCCGGCUAGUACUACAAUAUCUGUCAAACGCACUUUCUGGAGAAGAACAGAUAACUGGUGGUAAAACUCAUCCUUGAUUGCAUCCAGGCUGCAAUCUGUCGGGGCAUAGGCGGAGAUGACGAAAAGACAUCGUUUCUCACGCCGAUUUCUUCUCACUUUGAUGGAACUUUCUAAUCUAACAGCACAUAACCGACUGUUAACGGGGAUCCAAUCGAUUAGUGCUGCCUCAGCUCUAGUGCUUAGUGCGACACCAACGCCAGCAAGACCAGACGAAGAUGCCACAGGGUCCCCGGAUAAGCGCACGUAAAACAAGCUUUUUGAAGUGACAGAUGAAGAUCGAAUUUGUAGUACUUCGCCAGAGUCUUGAAUACGGGUCUCGGAUAGACAACAGACAUCGAUAUUAAGACUUUUUAAAGACAUAGCCAGCCCUAUCUGUUGUCCGACCUGCAUAAAUGUGCGAACGUUGAAGGCAGCCAGUUUGAAUGGUGCACGUGGUCUCAGAAAAAAUGCUUCAGUACUCAUAUUCAUUGGUAACAUACAAUUUUCAACCGGACAGUGACUCGAGAACGUUUAGAUAGAGUCGAAUUUCCACCAGAGACGAGCUGCUGUAUAAACCGAAAAGAUAAGUAUAGACGGAGUAGGAAUAAAAGAGGGUGAAUAAUGAUGUAGUAAAUAAUAAUAAGAAUAAUAAUAAUAAUAAUAAUGAUAAUAAUAACAAUAAUAGAAUCAUUUGAAUGUUCGUCGAAGCAAAAGAAUUAGUUUCCAUGAUCAUAGACAGUUCAGUUCAUUAAUUGCGUGUGGGCUGCGAUACUGCCCGGGUGCCCAGACCAAAGCAGGUGGUUACCUUAGGGGGCCACACCCCGAGCCUUUGUCCUAAAGGUCUAACCCACAAGGCAGUGGAGCAUCGUAAGGAGAUGCAGUCCCAUGGUAGCCUGUGACCAACGGUUGGUUCAUACGCCGUUUGUUCCCGCAGGAUACUGGUGCCCAUGUGCACCAUUGAUUUGGAAUCCGGUUAAAGCGCCGGACAUUCGCUUUUCGUCCUCUCAUUUUCGUAAACAACACCCCCGCCACGAGAAGGCAAUGAGUAGAACUUCCCUGGCAGAGGCUGUAUACGUGCGGCCGUGUGAGAGUAUUUCGAGAGGGAGGGCGAACUCACCCCGCUCUUGGCCAUACCAAGGCAUUUGGGGGCACCAAACGUUGUAAGUCCAAGUGUUUUGUAUGAACUGUGACAAAUUCUCGGGCAUUGUUCAAUCAUUUCCUUGGGACAAGUAUCACAAAGUUGAAGAAUAUUGGCUAACAUGAGUAAACUAUAUUCAUUUAUGCGGUCGAUCACCACUUUUAUUUAGAUCGCUUCAUCAAAAAAAGGUUUGAUUUUAUUUUUCAUCGAUUCAGGUGAUUAUGUUUUUGUUUAUUUUAGAUUCGUGGCUCCACUAAGGGGUGUCUACAAGCAGCACGUCGGCUUCGAUCUCGUCUAAACUCACUUGUUCGUGAACAUCGACCGGACUGUGAAGCUAUUUUAUCGGGCAAAACAAUAGCUAAUGAUUUGAUCAGCGAACCACUUAGUAAUAAUCCAUCUGUUGUAGAUAACUUUGUACCAGAGCCGUAUGCAUUGAAUACAUCUCCCGUUCCUGUGAAAAACGAAGUUGGUGAAUAAUAGUUCAGUAAAAGCAUCAGCACUUGUAUAACCCGGUUAACUAAGCAAGCAAGCAGUUCAAUAUACACUCCCUAGCAUAUGUACACUACAUAUAUUUCAUAUUGUAUUAUCCCAUUUUUGUAUAUGUACAAGUAUGAUUGUUUUUGCAUAUUCCUUACUUUGUUAAGCAAGUUAUCUAUAAGCUAUUCUUUUUUUGUACACUAUACUUGAUAUUGUAUUUUAGUGUUACGUAAUCUUUUUGUUACUUGACAAUAACACUUUAUCUCUUCAUUUCCCAAAAUGUAUGGAAGCAUUUAUGUAUUUAUAUAUCUGUUGUUUCGUUGAAUGCUCUAUUUUGAAUGAUAGUUUUUAAGGAGGAUACAUAACCAAGUGUAAAUCGUCACCUGUUCCUCUUCUACUCUAAGGUAUCCAUAAUCUAUUUUGCAUAUAAAUAUCUUAGUUGAGGACUUCUCAUAAUAUUGUCAAGUCAGAGUCUGUGUAAAGCUAUAAUUAAAACAAAUACAAAUCAACCUUCAACAAUUUAUGUUUUAAACAUUAGCGGUGACCCAACGUAAUAAAAUAAGAGUACAUUGAUAAUAAUAAACAGAUUAAAAUAUUUAUGGACUCGCAUUUUUUAUACGAAGUAGUUGUAUCAAGAUAGACCACACCAAUGUUGGGCUGAUUAUAAAUUUCAGUAGUUUAGAGUGAAUCGCAAUUGAUUACUUGUCUAGUUAUUAACAUCAC